AUGGCCUCGCUACGCAAUGCCAGCCCCAGUCUGAAGAACUAUUUCAAGAAGAAUUACAUUCCUCAGGUCUGCGAGGCUCUGUUAUGUGGUAUACUUAUUAACCGUCCUGAAGAUCCAUUGAGAUAUUUAGAGGAAAUGAUCAUUUUUAUAAAGGAAAAUGGCCUCCAGAAUCUCCUUUGGGAUAUGUGCAUUGAUCCAUCAUUAAAACCAACGAUUCGGAGGUUAUCUGAAACUUACAUGGAGCAGCUUUUUGGAUUGGAUGAUCAGCUGAUGACUCCAGAAUUAAUGAUAAAAGCAUGUACUUUUUAUACUGGACAUUUAAUAAAGACCCACUUUACCACAUGGAGACACAUUAUCAUAUCUACCAGCACUGAAGAUGAAAUCAUGGCUGAAAAAAUGAGAAUAGCAGAGAAACAUUGUAAUUUACAACACAUGAAGCAUGCAUUUUAUCUUUGGUACUCUUAUACAAAAAGUCAAAAGGAAAAUGUUAGAGUUAUAUUAUUGCGGCUACGAAAGACCUUUACCCAUCAGAAGCUAGUAUUUGCCCUACAUAAGUGGAAAAAUAAAGCAAGAGAAAAGCGUCAAUUGAGAGAAAAUGAGCUGCAACUGUUGAAUCAUGAACUUCAGUUGAGUAAAUGGAGAGGCAAGUUAAAAGUAGACUCUUCACAAGAAUCCAUUCUUUCUGAUAAAACCGAAAUUUUUGAAUUUGACAUUUCAAAGUUACCUGAAAAAGCUAUUUUACAGAUUAUUUUCUACCUCACUAUAAGCGAUGUGACAAUAUGUAGUCAAGUUAGUCGCUCCUGGAUGUCAAUGACACAAAUGAGAUCAUUGUGGCACAGUAUUGAUUUUUCUGCAGUAAAAACUAAGGUCACAGAAAAAUGUAUAGUGUCUACUUUGCAAAGAUGGCGGCUAAAUGUGAUACGUUUGAAUUUUCGUGGUUGUCAUUUUCGAUUGAAGACAUUGAAAUCUGUCAGCUUCUGUAAAAAUUUGCAAGAGCUGAAUGUGUCUGACUGCCCAGAACUCACAGAUGAAGCAAUGAGAUACAUCUCUGAGAACUGUCCUGGUAUUCUUUAUCUGAACCUGUCUAAUACUUCUAUCACCAACAGGACAAUGAGACUCCUGCCAAGGCACUUCCACAAUUUACAGAAUCUUAGUUUGGCUUAUUGCAGAAAGUUCACAGACAAAGGCUUACGGUACCUGAAUUUAGGGAACGGAUGCCACAAGCUCAUUUAUCUGGACCUUUCCGGCUGCACCCAGAUUUCAGUACAAGGCUUCAAAAGCAUUGCAAGAAGCUGCUCUGGAAUUAAGCAUCUAACCAUCAAUGACAUGCCAACUCUGACAGACAAUUGUGUAAAAGCGUUAGUUGAAAAUUGCUUUCAUAUUACUUCAGUAGUUUUUGUUGGAGCCCCACAUAUCUCUGAUUAUACUUUCCAAGCUCUUUCUACCUGCAACCUCAGAAAGCUCCGAAUUGAAGGAAAUAAAAGGAUUACUGAUGCAAGCUUAAAAUCGAUAGACAAGAAUUAUCCACAUAUUAACCAUCUUUACAUGGCAGACUGCAGGGAAAUAACUGAUGGAGCCCUCAAGUCACUCUCGCUUUUGAGGCACCUAACUGUGUUAAAUUUGGCAAAUUGUGUAAGACUUGGUGAUGUGGGACUGAGACACUUUCUUGAUGGUUCUUCAAGCUUCAAAAUAAGAGAGCUAAAUUUAAGUAACUGUACCCUCCUGAGUGAUGCCUCUGUCAUAAAACUAUCAGAAUGCUGCCUUAAUUUAAGAUACUUAAGCUUAAGAAAUUGUGAUAAUUUGACCAACACAGGAAUUCAAUGUAUUGCACGCAUCCUCUCCUUGAUAUCACUAGAUAUCUCAGGAACAAAAGUUAAUGAUGAGAGUUUGGAGGUUAUUUCCACACACAAAAUAUUAAAGGAUCUUUCUCUCUCCGAGUGUUACAAAAUCACCUGUGAUGGAAUUCAGGCACUUUGCAGAGGCUCAUCAAUCUUGGACUGCUUGGAUGUCUCUUAUUGCCCUCAGCUGUCAGAUGAGUGUAUUAAAGCACUGGCCAUUUACUGCGUUAAUCUCACAUUUCUCAGCAUUGCUGCCUGUCCAAAGAUUACUGAUGCAGCGAUGGAAAUAUUAUCAGCCAAAUGCCAUUACUUGCACAUUUUGAAUGUUUCUGGGUGUAUCCUGCUUACUGACCAGACACUUAAGAACCUUCGGAUAGGCUGCAAACAACUUCGGAUCCUUAAAAUGAAAUACUGCAGACUUAUUACCCCGGAGGCAGUCGCAAAAAUAUCACCAGUAGUUCAGCAGGUGGAAUACAAUAACCAUGACCCUCCACUUUGGUUUAACUAUUCUGGUAAAGAAACUUCGGAUAGAGAGAAAAAUAAACAGGACUUAAUACCAGCUACAUGA